ACCCGGAAGUGUUCAUCCUACACCGGAAUAGAUUGUUUGGAGCUUGCGUUAGUGUGGAAGUUUUGCAUUUUGUGAACGUUGUGGCAUCUUUUUAAGUCUAAGUCAUGGAGUCCAGAGGAUUAAAAUGCCAGCUGAAGGACAGCAUUCCAGUUAGUGAACUUAAUCCUAAUGCAGGGUCAUACGGAAUUCAUGAUACAUUACGCAAAGGGUUUUCAAGUGUGAAGAGUGAGCUUUUGCCAAGUCACCCAUUAGAACUUGCAGAGAAAAAUUUUCAACUUAAUCAAGACAGAAUGACUUUUGCUUCUUUAAGAAAUAUUCAAGGACUUCAUGCGCCACUAAAGCUGCAAAUGGAAUACAAAGCUGUAAAACAGAUUCAGCGCCUGCCAUUCCUUCAGAGUUCACAUAUUGCACUUGACACUCUAAGAGGGGCAGAUGAUUCUAUUGGAUUUGAGGAUAUUCUAAAUGAUCCAGCACAGUAUGAAGUUAUGGGAGACCCACAUGUUAUGGUGGAAUACAAACUCGGUGUAUUGUAAAUACAAAUGCAAUAAAAUGUUAUGUUUUAAUUAAAACCUAAAUUGCAUUUUUUCUUAACUUCUAAUAAACAUUUGGAUCAAAAUUU